CAUUUGAGCGUAUAAAUAUGCGGACAAAUUGCGACGAUUAAUCAUUCGACCCAUAGAUUCCACCGUCAAAGCAAUUAGCUUGGAGAUCUAUAGCAAAAUGAAAAUAUUCCUAGCGUGCAUCUUUAUUGCCGCCGCGACGGCUGCAGUGAUUCCUGUCGAACAAGCCAGGCACCGUCGUGACGUCACCGAGCUCGUGAACGAGUACAUCCCGCCGGCGGAGGAAGUUGGCGCCGAUCUGGCCCAAGACCCCGUCGCCCUGGGAGAGGAUGGAUACCGCUACAAGACCGUUCGCAGGCUGAAGCUCCGCCACCGCCGUGAUGUCUCCGAGAUUGCCAACGAUUACCUGCCACCCACUGAGGAGCUUGUUGCCGAUGCCCCCGUUGAGGAGGCUCCAGUGGAAGAAGCUAGCCAAGAUUCCGCUGUCCUUGCCGCUGAUGGUUACCAAUACAAAACCGUCCGUCGCCUAAAGUACCGCCAGCGUCGCGACGUUUCCGAGGUUGCCAACGAAUAUCUGCCACCCACUGAAGAGGUUGUCACCGAAGCCCCUAUUGAGGAAGCUCCAGUUGAGGAAGCCAGCCAAGAUUCUGCUGUCCUGGCCGCUGAUGGUUACCAAUACAAAACUGUCCGUCGCCUGAAGUACCGUCAGCGUCGUGAUGUUUCCGAGAUCGCCAAUGAGUACCUGCCACCCACUGAGGAGGUUGUUGCUGAUGCCCCAGUUGAGGAGGUCCCCAUUGAGGAAGCUAGCCAGGACUCCGCUGUCCUUUCCGCUGAUGGCUACAAGUACAAGACAGUGCGUCGCCUGAAGUACCGCCAGCGUCGGGAUGUUUCCGAGAUCGCCAACGAGUACCUGCCCCCUUCGGAGGAGGUCGUCACCGAAGCUCCCUUGGAGGAAGCUCCAGUUGAGGAAGCUUCUCAGGAUUCUGCUGUCCUUGCUGCCGAUGGAUACCAGUACAAAACCGUCCGUCGCCUAAAGUACCGCCAGCGUCGCGAUGUUUCCGAGGUUGCCAACGAAUAUCUGCCACCCACUGAGGAGGUUGUUGCUGAUGCCCCAGUUGAGGAGGUUCCGAUCGAGGAAGCCUCUCAGGAUUCCGCUGUCCUGGCUGCCGAUGGAUACCAGUACAAGACCGUGCGUCGCCUGAAGUACCGCCAGCGUCGUGAUGUUUCCGAGAUCGCCAAUGAGUACCUGCCACCCACUGAAGAGGUUGUCACCGAAGCCCCCAUUGAGGAAGCUCCAGUUGAGGAAGCCAGCCAAGAUUCUGCUGUCCUGGCCGCUGACGGUUACCAAUACAAAACUGUCCGUCGCCUGAAGUACCGUCAGCGUCGUGAUGUUUCCGAGAUCGCGAACGAAUAUCUGCCUCCUAGCGAGGAAGUUGUUGCUGAUGCCCCAGUUGAGGAGGUUCCGAUCGAGGAAGCCUCUCAGGACUCCGCCGUUCUCUCUGCUGAUGGAUACAAGUACAAGACUGUUCGCCGCCUGAAGUACCGUCAACGCCGUGACGUUUCCGAGAUCGCCAAUGAGUACCUGCCCCCUUCGGAGGAGGUCGUCACCGAAGCCCCCAUUGAGGAAGCUCCAGUUGAGGAAGCUUCUCAGGAUUCCGCUGUCCUGGCUGCCGAUGGAUACCAGUACAAAACUGUCCGUCGCCUGAAGUAUCGUCAACGCCGUGAUGUCCCCGAGAUUGCCAACGAAUAUCUGCCACCCACCGAGGAGGUUGUUGCUGAUGCUCCUGUUGAGGAGGUCCCCAUUGAGGAAGCUAGCCAGGACUCCGCUGUCCUUUCCGCUGAUGGCUACAAGUACAAGACUGUGCGUCGCCUCAAGUAUCGCCAGCGUCGGGAUGUUUCCGAGAUCGCCAAUGAGUACCUGCCCCCUUCGGAGGAGGUCGUCACCGAGGCUCCCUUGGAGGAGGCCCCCGUUGAGGAAGCUUCUCAGGACUCCGCUGUCCUGGCCGCCGAUGGAUACCAGUACAAGACCGUGCGACGCCUGAAGUACCGCCAGCGCCGCGAUGUGUCCGAGAUUGCCAGCGACUACCUGCCGCCCACCGAGGAGCAGGUGGCCGUUGAUGCGCCCGUCGAGGAAGUGUCCCAGUCGCAGGACUCCGCCGUCCUCGGUGAAGAGGGCUACCAGUACAAGACCGUGCGCCGCCUGAAGCUGCGCCACCGCCGCGCCCUGUAAGCCUGGCUGUCCUCUACGUUUGUAUACCUGUAUACCUGUACCUGAACCUGAACUGCUCGUUCACGACUAGAAGCACUCACCCCCACCAACCACUACUAGGCCGUAAGUUUUGCUAUUAUUUAACGAUUGAAAUCAACGAAUAAAUCCAACGAAAAUUGUUAUUGUGUAUACU